GAACGUGAUAACCACUACACUACGGAAACCAACCUGGAGUCAGCUGCCUCCAGGCCCUACUUGGUCUUAAACUCCUCCUUCCAAACGCCGUAGCUUAGAAACAACGACCCCUCGUUACCAUCGUGACAGAAACGCCGCUCUCUGCACCUCGUGCUCCCAAUUCAGUUGUUUUCAAAUAAGUACCGGCCCAUCAUCUGUAUUGUCGCUGACUGUUUUAAUGAAUACGCAGUUCGUUUUUAUCUUUCAACGUGGGUGAAGUUACUCUACUGAUAAGGGCCUCGUUGUUGCCUGAUUCUCUGCGGGAAUUUGGUCCGCCUCUGGGGGCGUUGCUUUCAUGCGAAACCCCGGUCUCUCUUCGGCCUGAUUAGACAUUUACACUGCAGUACGAAACAAGAGCGCGCAAUCAACUGGAUUUAACGUUAUUAUGGAUUUAAUAACGUUAUUAUAUAUUUAAUAACGUUAUUAUGGAUUUAAUAACGUUAUUAUGGAUUUAAUAACGUUUUUUAUGGAUUUAAUAACGUUAUAGAUUUAUUAACGUUAUAGAUUUAAUAAGGUUGUACAACGACCGAAGAGACAAAGACAACUGAGUAAAUGUGGCCUGUGGAAAGUUUAUGACUUACAGUACUGUAAUUAAAAGUUGAUCCAGGCUAGAGAGACACUCAAGAGACCUUGGCAGGGGAAGUAGAAAGUCAAAAGUCUCCACGUCCCAAUUCGAACUUCAGCUUCAAUAACGCGAGAAUCAUCAGCACGGGACAGCCAGCAGUAAGGAAAAGUGUUCUACUGUGAAAGCUGAGGUUGCCUGGUGGAGUCGUCCCGCUGCUUGGUGCAUCAGAGAUGGAUGGGAAGAGCAAGAAAGAUUAUAUGCGUGUCCUCGAUGCAGAUUUGACAGACCUUCUAGGAGAUGAAGAUGAAUCAAUUAAAAAGCCCCCAUCACGCAUUACCCAUGGGGGUGGCUCUGGAAGAAUUAACACGGGUAAAUCUAAAAGCUCUGUGCUGGAUGAAGAUUUUUUUAGCAAGUUGGCUGCAGAAGCUGAAAAUGAUGAGCCAGGAUCUGAUGUCUCUGACGCUGAUCCCCAGGCUGUACUUAACAAAAUGGAGGACAUUGAUGACAUGGACGCAGAUCUUUUUGGAAAAAUGAAGAAAACUGGGCCGCCUGCCAGCCAGCAUUUUAAAGCAGGACCAGGGCAACUUGCGCAGACUCGAGGCCCCAAGACACCUGUUCCGGCAGUGACAGAAUGCACUGCUCAAAAGAAAUCGCAAUCCUCGCCAGCACAUUUGGCUCCUGCGAAAGUGGUUGAGGACGGUCAGAAGGGAAUCUCUGGUUCACCUGCCAUUCCUGCACAUCCAUACAAAAAAUACAGUUUUAAUGAUGAUGACCCUCUGGAUGGCCUUUUAUCGGAUGAAGAGGAAACAAAAAAUAUGAAAGAAAAAAAGCCUCUUGAGACUGAAAAGGCCAAACCGCAGCCCAGUGAUAACAGCGCGGCAAAGAACGAGUUUAACACAGCUCCUUUACCAGCGAGUAGCAAAAGACCCGUCGGAACUUCCAAACGUUGCGAUGAGAUCACGUUUGACGACGAUGGUGAUGAUCUCGUGGAUGCAUUGGGCAUGUCCGACAGCCCCAAAUCAGUGAAGAAGGAAGCUAGCAGAGAAGAAGAUGACAGACGUCCGGCUCGCUCCAAGUUUGAUGAGCUCUUGGGCCGAGGCACUGCCAGCAAACUCCUGGAGAGACCUGCUACUGGAGAAAGGAAGGAUAGUGCUCAGCAGCAGAGAGCCCCAGCAGGGUCUUCCCAGGGACUAGGAGAGGAGGAGUUCACAUUCGGUUCCUACAUGCCCUCCGCUGCCUCGUCAGCCGAAGGCCGGCGGUCAGGCCCUUCCUCACGCAGAUCUGUUAGGUUUUAUGGCAACGACAACCAAAGAAAGGCUGAAGAAGCAGACAUCAUGGGCGGCCUGGAUCGCGGCAGAGACAAGCUGUCCACGUCGGCCACACCGGGCACCCCAACCAUCCUGGCCACACCACCACAAACCACGCAGUCAUCCCGCGGCGGGCCGUCCGACUGGCUGGGCCUCAAGGGUGACUCUUUCGAUGACCCCAAGGAGCCAGCGUCGAAACAGAACACUCAGCUGGGCACAUCGAAGAUGGGCGGUGUCGACAAUGCUGUGGCAUUGGAACCCAUAGCUGUUACUCCCAGUGCCAUUGGUUCUAGUUCCAGAAAACUCUCCUUGUCUGACAGUAAGCUGGGUGCCCCCAUUAUGGAGCAUGCUGGCGCAGGGGCAGUGAUUGGAGACGAUGAUGAGGAUUGGCUCCUAAAGAGUCUGUCCAGAAAGAAGAGCCAGGUUUCUGCAUUGGGUGAUGAUAAGAAGAUUGAAGGCUUCCGUGGGUCCGGGGUAGAUGCAAGUAUCAGCAAAUCGGGUAUCACUUCCAGCUCUCAGCAUGACGACUUGCUGAUGGAUUCCUCCGCAGAAGACAGACUCGCAGCAACCCACAAAAACAGAAACGAUUCAGCUACACCUACUCUGGUGUCCUCAUCAAGGAGGGAGCAUUUAAACGGUCAUGAUGCUCGCAUUGCAGCUCUUAUCGGGCAGCCCAUGGAGCAGAGCAGCUUCUACCAUGCGAUCCAACCACAGCUUGGGCCGGGCUAUCUCUCACAGUCUCUCUUUCCUGGCAACCCUCUCUCCUAUUACCAGCCGUGUCAACAAGCAGCACAUCUAAUGACACCACAAGCACAUGGACAAGCUAUACUGGGACAGGCUGUCGGUCAAAGCUUUAUUCAGACUGAUUCAUCACAGCAAACUCAAGCCUUCACCAUAGAGCUGGAUACAAAGCAGAUGCGAAGGCUGCAGAUGGAGCGAGACCAGCUCAAGUCUCUCCUGGACACCGUGCAGCAGAGACACAAGGAGGACAUGGACAUCUUGGAGGAAGGGCACAAGCAGCGCGUGCGGCUGCUCCAGGACUCGUGGGAGCGGCGCGAGGCGAGCCUGCGGCAGGAGCUUGAGGAGGCGGCGGGGCGCCACUCGGCUCUGCAGCGCGAAGCUGAGAGUGAGCGCGCGCGGCUCGCGUCCACAUGGCAGUGUCGAGUGGCGGACGCCGAGCAGGAGGCGAUGCGGCAAGCCGAGCGACUCGCCGAGCUGCAGAGGCAUUCCAUCAUGGAGAUGAGAAGAGAUCACGAGGAACAGAUACAAAGACUCAAGAGGCUCAAGGAUCAGGAGAUUGAUGCAGUGACCAGCGCGACUUCACAGACCAGGUCCCUGAAUGGAGUGAUCGAGCAGAUGGAGUCGCUGUCGGGCCGCAUGGGCGAGCUGACGAACCGCGUAGAAAGCACGCACCACAGCAGCACGCAUGAGCUGGAAAUGGAGACGCGGAGCAGGACGGCGCAGCUGCAUGAGCUGAAGGAUCGCUUGGACCGGCAGCACAGGGAUAUGGAGGAAGAGCGAGCUCGCUUGCAAUAUGUCAUCUCCAAGAUGGAGGCUAGACUUGGCGAGCAGACGCGCCAGCUGGAGCAGGAACGCUGGAAGGUGAAGUCGGAGCAGGGUAAGAUGGAGUCGCUGAAGCGUGGGCUGGAGGAGGAGCGGAGAGUGAUGAUGCAGCAGCUCAACCUGGAGAGGGAGGAGCUCGACCGUGCCAAGACGUUGCUGUUGAAGGAGCAGGAGGCAGUGAUGGCCCGGUGCGGGGAGGAGCGCAAGCGCCUAGCGGCGGAGAGCGCCGAGGCGCAGGAAUGGCGUGCGCGCCGGGCAGACGGUGCCGAGCGAGAGGCGGCACGCCAAGCGGAACGCGACGCCCAGCGGGAAGCCGCCGUCAUCAAACUAGCACAGAGCCAGGCUGACCUGACGGUGAGAGCUGGCGAUUUGAAAUCUAGGGAAGAUCAGCUCAACAAGGAGAGGGAAGUCCUGGAAAGAGAGAGGCAGGAGCUGCAGAGAGAGAGGGAAAAGCUCAAUGCUCUGGCACAGUCGUUGAAUCUUCAGGCACAAGAGCUGGACUCCAUGAUGAAGGCCUCUUCGGAGAAGUACGCGGAUGGGGAGCGGGUGCUGCGCCAGGCUCGGCGCAUCGAGGGGGAGCAUCAGUCCCGCCUCGACAACAUCCACCACCAGAUGGAAGCCCUGCGCGAGCAUGAGCAGCGCGUGGUGCAGGAGAAAGCCUCGAUGGCCCAGGAACGGCGAAACAUGGGCCAUCUGCCAGGAACCCCCACUCCAAAACUGCACAGCAAAUAUCGGCUCCGACACAUGGACACUCAUUGCAAUACGUCCCUCCCGCCCAGUACAUCUGGAGCAAACUUGCAGAGUGCUCUCGUGCAGUCCCUCACAUCCUCUGCUGCAGCUGAGCUGCAUGCAAAGCUCACACUUUUCAAGCACACAGCCAGUCAGGAUCGCGACUUCCUGGAAGACGAGGAACAUUUCCUGCGCAGCCUCAAGAAGUCUUCCAACCAGUCCUCACUCUCCUUCGCCUGAUCCUCACCAGGAGCUCACUGCAUGCUCCAUACAGUACAACCACCAACUACUUGUUAUGUUUAAUGUGCGGGAAUGUCUUCCGCUCACCUGUAUUAAGCUCCGUUUAUUAGACUCCCGCUUCCCCCGUAGAAAUGAACAACUUUUUUGCAUCAGUCUUUAGGAAGCCAGAAUGAGCAGGGCUAUUUCAGGAAACUCUAAAAUGUGCCCCCAUGGAUAGGAACGUGAGUGCAGCAUUCGCUCCGUGAAACAUAAUGGUUUGCUAUAGGCAAGAGCAAACCAUGUACAGAGGUCAGUAAUAGGAGACAAGUGUGUAGGGGUGAAUGCUAUCAUUUGUUUUUAUACAAAUUUACAAUGCAGGGAUAACAUGAGACCUAAGCAAUCACCCAAAUAGAUGUGUUACUUUUAUCAGUCUAAUGUAUUUUUUGUUAUAACUAAACCCUAAUUUCCUAAAAUUCCAGUCCUCGCAACCUUCUGCGUUAAAAUACAUUCCUGUUGCACAUUGCAUAUCACGGAUGAGAGAUAACAUAUUGCAAAUUUUGUAGAGGGCAUAUUCAAAUGAUGUGCUGCGUGAAAAGACUUCAUAUUUGAAUCGCGGCUAUUGGUGAACAUGGAAGACGUAGUGGUGGGUCGCGAGGACUAAAGUUUGGACAACUGCAGUAUAAGCUAGGAAAUCAUGCCAAUGUUAAAUGUUUUAAAUGCUAACUUGUAAAGGUUUGUAUUCAAAAUCAGCAAAUCCACACAAUUGUUUUUUUCUUCUAUUUUUCGAAUGUUGUUUUGUGUUUAUAGGCUACAUGGGUUUGUUUACCUCAGAGAACACAUUUGCACUCUAAUGCUAUGCAGGACAGUCAUGUCACUUGUAUGAAUUUAUCUUGGCAUAAAAUAAUAAAAUACACCAAUGCUUUGUUUUGGAAUACAUUUUAUAUAAACCAAUACAAUCAAACGCAGCAUUGUUUAAAAAAAUUGAUGUCGUGAAGUGUGCCACAUCGUUUUGUGUAGGAAGCUCGACAGAGGCUUUAAAAUCUAUACAGUUGUAAUGCAGCUCUCAGAGACGCCGUCUUGUCUUCUGUAUAUUUAUUAAGAAUAAAGUCCAAUGACAACUCAA